AUGGCAUUCUUCCAGAGGCUCAUCGUCGCCUCUUCCUCAACGGUGCCUCGCCAAUGCAUGACUGCCUCGGUCCUCUUUGGCACAGGAGACGCCAUUGCCCAGCUCGCCGUCGAGAAGAAGUCCUUCGACAACUACGACUACGUCCGCACCCUCCGCCUUGGCCUCUACGGAGGUGCCAUCUUCGCUCCUAUCAUGUCCGUCUGGUUCCGCACUCUCGAAAAGGUACCAGGCGUGCCCGGCUCCUUUGCUAACGUCGCUGGAAAGGUAGCACUGGAUCAGGGCUUGGCGGCGCCCAACAUGCUGGCAGUCUUCUUUACUGCUACUACCUUGAUGGCUGGUGGAAGCACAGCUGACGUCAAGAAGAAGCUCGACACCAGCUAUUGGAGCACCCUCAAGACUUCUUGGGCAGUCUGGAUUCCCGUACAGGGCUUGAACAUGGCCUUUGUCCCGGUCGGACAGAGGCUCCUCUUCGUCAAUGUCGUCUCUCUCGCUUGGAAUACCUUCCUGGCUGCCGUAGCGGCUGGUGGGGGAGACAAGGCUUCCUCCGAGGCAAAGCAGGGCAACCUCCGCGAGUCCGAGGGAGAGGCUCUCGUCCGCCCGGCUGACCUUGAGCUGAGCGAGGUCAAGGUCAAGUAA